GCCGUGGCAACAGUUUGACGUUUUUUUACAGCCGUACAUCUGAAAGGAUGGGGGGGGGGGGGAUCAUCCAGCCUAUUUUCUAUAAUGCUCCAUCCUGCCUUUUUUCAUAUCCUAACUCAAUAUUUAAUGUCCGACAUGGAUUAUUUAGCGUUAUGUGUCUAAUUUGAAUCUCACUGAAGAUAGAUAGAUGUCGUAAAGUAGCUACAUGCUGAUGAUAGGUAUUUGUGUGCCGAUUGAUUAGGCGACUUAAAAAUAAUCACAGACGAUCAUUAAGUCCCGUCGCAGGCAGCAUAUCAGUAAUGUGGAGGCUUCGGCAGACCAGCGGGGCAGACUGACAGGGAGGAGCUCCAGUCACAACAGCAGGCAGACCCUCCCAGCGCCGCGGAAGGAAGCGGAAAUAAACGUCGCAAACCGUAUGCUAGUAGCUCCGGACUCCUCGGACGGGGUGUAAGCGACAUCACACACACACAUCGGUCGUUGCCUCCAAAGAGGAAGCAGGGAGUGGAUAAUCACACGGUAGGGGCUUUCGCUUGUUACGGUGGCAGCGUCAAAAACGGAACAUCUCGAGUGGUACCUCACGGUGACCUUUAUGUGAGGUCCAAGCCCUAAAGGAGCGGGUCAUAGACGGGAGGAGAGACUCGGAGGAAAGCAUCUGGCCACAGAAGCCGGGGAUACGCGUUUUUAUUUUUUAUUCAGGCCCCUGAAACGCGACCACAGCCAAAGCGGGUUUUCCAGCAGCAAACCAUGGAGGCCAUCGCCAAAUACGAUUUCAAAGCUACUGCUGACGAUGAGCUUAGUUUCAAGCGUGGGGAAGUUCUCAAGGUAUUAAAUGAAGAGUGUGAUCAGAACUGGUACAAGGCAGAGCUAAAUGGAAAAGAUGGCUUCAUUCCCAAGAAUUACAUAGAGAUGAAAGCCCAUCCGUGGUUCUUCGGGAAGAUCCCGCGCGCCAAAGCCGAGGAGAUGCUAAACAAACAGAGGCACGACGGCGCUUUCCUCAUCCGAGAGAGCGAGAGUGCACCGGGAGACUUCUCCCUCUCUGUGAAGUUUGGAAAUGACGUCCAGCACUUCAAGGUUCUUCGCGAUGGGGCUGGAAAGUAUUUCCUAUGGGUGGUGAAGUUUAACUCCCUCAAUGAGCUGGUGGACUACCACCGCUCCACCUCAGUUUCUCGCAACCAACAGAUCUUCCUGCGAGACAUAGAGCAGGUCCCCCAGCAUCCCACAUAUGUGCAGGCGCUCUUUGACUUCGACCCCCAGGAGGAAGGAGAGCUGGGCUUCAGACGCGGGGACUUCAUCCAGGUCCUGGACAACUCCGACCCCAACUGGUGGAAAGGGGGCUGCCACGGCCAAACGGGCAUGUUCCCCCGCAACUACGUCACACCUGUCAAUCGGAACAUGUAAACAGUCAGACCAUGUAGACGACGACGACAACAACAACCACAGCAGCAGCAACCACCACCACCAUCAUUGUUCUUGAUCUCAUCCUGCACCCCCCUCCAUCCAACGCCCAACCACCCCUCCGUCCCACCAUAACAGGAGCAGACGGGAAGAACGCAAACAGCUGAGAGAGAGAGAGAUAUAUAAAACAGGAGUAGUGCUGUCGUAGGCGUCGCCUUGUGGGCUGCAGCUGAGCAAAAAUCAACUUUUACUUGUGCUGAGUGUUCGCCCACCAAGUGAACGCCUCGGCGGAGGAUUGAGCGGCCUUUGAGGGAAGUCAACGCAGAGAAACUAAAGGGUAGUGCACCAACCGUGAAGAUAACCAAAUGAUUCUCCCGCUCCCGCUGCUGCUUCUGUCUUCUCCUUAACUUCUUAACAUUCUGCCCUUCUUAUGUGUCUUUUUUUUUUUCUUCCUUUUUUUUCUUUUCUUUGCCGCAUGUUGUUUUAAUCACCUAAAUGAAAUGCCUACCGAUAAAUCCCUAACUCUGUUUUAAAGAAAAAAUGUUUUAAAAAAAGAAGAAUAAAAAAAAAA